AUGCCUUUUUUGUGUAAUGGAGUAAUCAUUCUCUUUGAGAAGUUAGUCUAUGGCCUUGUAAGGAUUAGAGCGUCUUCGGGGAUUAGAAGAGCUCAAGGAUUAGGCCUCUGUCGCGCAGCUUGUCCACAGAAGUCUCAGUUCAACAUCUUAAUGAACCAGGCCGUUAAGGAUGUUGAGGGGACCCGUGAAGGUUAUAUUUGA